UGCGCAUGCGUGGGUUCUGGGGUUCCCGGGCUCUUUGACUGGCGGUUGGGGAGAUUUCCAUCCCUUUGGUUUUUGACCCUUUGCGCUUGCCUGCUCCGCUCCUGCCUCCGCCUCAGCCCAGCACUGGCUCUACUUCUCUUGCAGGAAGGUGGCGGCCUGCUGCCUAAUGGGCAGCGGUGCCCAGAUGAACCCCAGCGCCCCAGGCUGCCCCAUGGCCUCGCUCUAUGUGGGGGACCUGCACCCCGAUGUGACUGAGGCGAUGCUCUAUGAGAAAUUCAGCUCAGCCGGGCCCAUCCUUUCCAUCCGGGUGUACAGGGAUGUGAUUACCCGCCGCUCCUUGGGCUAUGCUUCUGUGAACUUCGAGCAGCCUGCGGACGCAGAGCGCGCUUUGGACACCAUGAAUUUUGAUGUCAUCAAGGGCAAGCCAGUCCGUAUCAUGUGGUCUCAGCGUGAUCCGUCACUGCGCAGAAGUGGAGUAGGCAACGUGUUCAUUAAAAAUUUGAACAAAACCAUUGAUAACAAAGCGCUGUAUGAUACAUUUUCUGCUUUCGGCAAUAUCCUUUCCUGCAAGGUAGUUUGCGAUGAGAACGGCUCCAAGGGCCAUGGAUUUGUACAUUUUGAAACAGAGGAGGCAGCAGAAAGAGCCAUUGAAAAAAUGAAUGGGAUGCUUCUGAAUGAUCGAAAAGUGUUUGUUGGACGGUUUAAAUCUCGGAAAGAAAGAGAAACAGAGCUUGGAGAGAGAGCCAAGGAGUUCACCAACGUUUACAUCAAGAACUUUGGGGACAGCAUGGAUGAUGAGACCCUAAAUGACCUCUUUGGCAGGUUUGGACAGGUCUUAAGUGUGAAAGUCAUGACUGAUGAAGGUGGGAGAUCCAAAGGAUUCGGGUUUGUCAGCUUUGAAAGACACGAAGAUGCGCAGAAAGCAGUGGAUGAGAUGAAUGGAAAGGAACUCAAUGGAAAACACAUCUAUGUUGGUCGAGCUCAGAAAAAAGUAGACCGGCACACAGAACUUAAGCGCAAAUUUGAACAGGUGACACAAGACAGGAGCAUCAGAUACCAAGGUAUUAACCUUUACGUGAAAAAUCUUGACGAUGGUAUUGACGAGGAGCGUCUGCAGAAAGAAUUUUCUCCCUUUGGAACAAUCACCAGUACAAAGGUUAUGAUGGAGGGUGGUCGAAGCAAAGGGUUCGGUUUUGUAUGUUUCUCCUCCCCCGAAGAAGCCACCAAAGCAGUUUCAGAAAUGAAUGGCAGAAUUGUGGUCACGAAGCCACUGUAUGUAGCUUUAGCCCAGCGCAAAGAAGAGCGCCAGGCUCACCUCACUAACCAGUAUAUGCAGAGAAUGGCAAGUGUACGAGCUGUGCCCAACACUGUGAUGAACCCCUACCAACCUGCACCUUCAGGUUACUCCAUGGCCGCUGUCCCUCAGACUCAGAACUGUGUGCCAUGCUGCCCUAGCCAGAUGACUCAGUCAAGGCCAAGUGCUCGCUGGACUGCUCAGGGAGUCAGGCCUCAUCCAUUUCCAAAUGUGCCUGGUGCUAUCCACCCAGCUACUCCUAGAUCAUCAUUUAGUACUGUAAGACCAAGUCCUUCACAUGUUCCUCAAGUCGUGCCAGCACACCGCAUUCCUAACACUUCAGCACAGACAGCGGGUCAACCUCCUGCAGCAGCAGCUGCAGCACCAGCUACUUCUAUUCGCUCAGUUCCACAGUACAAAUACACCACCGGAGUCCGAAACCCCCAGCAACAUCUUAACCCACAGGUGCAAGACCCUGCUGUUCGGAUGCAGGAUCAGGAACCUUGGACUGCUCCCAUGUUGGUAACUGCUCCUCAAGAGCAAAAGCAAAUGGUGGGUGAAAGGGUGUUUCCUCUCAUUCAAGCCAUGCACCCGACUCUUGCUGGUAAGAUGACAGGCAUGUUCCUGGAGAUCGAUAACUUAGAACCACUUAGUAUGCUUGAGUCUCCCGAGUUUCUGCGCUCUAAGGACGAUGAAGCUGUGGCCUUACUCCAAGCCCACCAAGCUAAGGAGGCUGUCCAGAAAGCCCUUAGCAGUAACUCUGGUGUCCCUACUAUUUAAACUG